AUGGACAGACAUCUUUCAUCCCAGGCGAGAAACACUACUACCGCUUCAACUGUUGUAUCAGUAUUGGCUGUGAUAUCUGUUGCUUUGAGAUUCUGGACUCGAAGGAUAAUCAAGGCUGGUUAUGGUCCGGAUGAUUGGUGGAUUCUCGUUGGUCUCAUCUUCAUGUUGAGUACUGGGGGCGUUCUUCUCUACGGUGUCAGAGCAGAUCCAAAUGGAGGGAAUGCCAUCAAUCGAGAUGAUCCCAACUUCGAUUUCACUCCCCAUACAACCUACCUCAAGACAUCCUUCAUCGCCGCUACGCUGUACUUCUCAGUCGUGACAGCGAUCAAGAUCUCCAUCCUCUACAUGUAUCGUCGAAUAUUCCCCAUCGAUGAAUUUUACCUGCAAUCCCAAGUUGUCGGUGGGCUUGUGAUCAUCUGGUGGCUCGUCGGCAGCAUCUUGACGAUAAUUAGCUGCUUACCUGUUAACCGUCUCUGGAUCGGACCAAGUGCCGGAGGCUAUUGUUUCAAUUUCAACAUAUACUGGAUGUCCAUGGGUGCAGUGGAGUUGGUGAUUGACACUCUCCUGCUCAUUCUACCAGUGCGGAUGGUCCUCGGACUUCGGCUUUCUCGUCAGCAGAAAGUGUUGGUCGUGGGUAUCUUUGUCCUUGGAGGCUUCGUCAUCGUCACCGGCCUCGUCCGUGUAAUUCUAGGGUAUCGCCCAGGCAGUCAAAAUGUUGCCUUCGCGAGAGCAGAACUCUGGUCAGCUGUACACAUCGGCAUCGCAAUCGUGUGUGCAUGCCUUCCCACUUUACGACCGCUCAUCAAGCGAGCCAGCACGACUGCUUCUUCCUUGCGGAGGAAAUAUGGUUCAAGUUCGAGUAGUGGCCAAGAUACGAGCGCUAAUGGUUCGGGAGGUUCGAAUGUUGCUUCGAGGAAUCGGGGACCGUCUGAAGUGCUGACGCUAAAGAAUGUGAGGACUGGAAGUGCGUCGGCUGAUAAUGUGAGGCUGACAAGGGAUGGUGAGUCGCCGCCGGUAAUUCCAUUCCAGGUCAUGUCGCCCAGAAUGGGAUUGAGGCCGGAUGAUGUUGUGUAA